UGUCUUAGGCCCUCCCUUCCGUCUGGGUGUGUGUCAGCCGCCGGCGGGCUUCCUCCCGUUGGGCUUAGGUUGACCCCUCCGCCCCGUUCUGUCCGGCUGUCUCAGGCCCGCCCUCCCAGCUUCUACCCGCCACCCUGACGGGUCCUUUCCCAAGCCCCUAGGGGCGGCAGAGGACUUGGGGACCAGCGAGCACCCCCAGGGUGUGAGAAGAGCCUCUGCUGCCUGCCCUGCCUCACCCUGCCCUACGCCAGGCUCAGCCGCCCCGGCCCCCGGCUGCAUCAAGUGGAGGAGGCGGAGGCGGAGGAGGGUGGCACCAUGGGCCCGGGCCGUGCCCUCCAUGCCCGGGGGAUGAAGACGCUGCUGCCAUGGACAGCCCGUGCCAGCCGCAGCCCCUGAGUCAGGCUCUUCCUCAGUUGCCGGGUUCUGUGUCAGAGCCCUUGGAGCCUGGUCGGGCCAGGAUGGGGGUGGAGAGUUACCUGCCCUGUCCCCUGCUACCCUCCUACCACCGCCCAGGAGCGCCUGGUGAGGCCUCGGCGGGGAGUGGGACCCCCAGGGCCACAGCCACCUCCACGAUAGCCAGCCCCCUUCGGGAGGGCUUCGGCGGGCAGGAUGGUGGUGAGCUGCGCCCACUGCAGAGUGAGGGCGCUGCAGCACUGGUCACCAAGGGGUGCCAGCGACUGGCGGCCCAGGGCGCCCGGCCUGAGGCCCCCAAACGGAAGUGGGCAGAGGAUGGUGGGGACGCCCCAGCACCCAGCAAGCGGUCCUGGGCCAGGCAGGAGAACCAGGAGGCAGAGGCUGAAGGGGAGGGCAGCAUGGGCUGCAGCAGUGGCAAUGGCGAGGCCAGCGCGGGGCCGAGGGAGGAGGUGCUGCCCGCCGCGCCUGAGCGCCUGGCCCUGGACUAUAUCGUGCCCUGCAUGCGGUACUACGGCAUCUGUGUCAAGGACAGCUUCCUGGGGGCGGCGCUGGGUGGCUGCGUGCUGGCCGAGGUGGAGGCCCUGAAGCGGAGCGGGCGCCUGCGUGACGGGCAGCUGGUGAGCCAGCGGGCUAUCCCGCCACGCAGCAUUCGUGGGGACCAGAUUGCCUGGGUGGAAGGCCAUGAGCCGGGCUGCCGAAGCAUCGGGGUCCUCAUGGCCCACGUGGACGCUGUGAUCCGCCACUGCGCUGGGCGCCUGGGUGGCUACGUCAUCAACGGGCGCACCAAGGCCAUGGUGGCGUGUUACCCAGGCAACGGGCUGGGGUACGUGAGGCAUGUCGACAAUCCCCAUGGCGAUGGGCGCUGCAUCACCUGCAUCUAUUACCUGAAUCAGAACUGGGAUGUCAAGGUGCAUGGCGGCCUGCUGCAGAUCUUCCCUGAGGGCCGGCCUGUGGUUGCCAACAUUGAGCCCCUCUUUGAUCGGUUGCUCAUUUUCUGGUCUGAUCGGCGGAACCCCCACGAGGUGAAACCAGCCUAUGCCACCAGGUACGCCAUCACCGUCUGGUAUUUUGAUGCUAAGGAGCGGGCAGCAGCCAAAGACAAGUAUCAACUAGCGUCCGGACAGAAAGGUGUCCAAGUACCUGUGUCACAGCCGACUACGCCCACCUAGUGGCCAGCCCCAGAGCUGCAUGGACAGACAGCCUGCCCUGACUUGGGGAGAGCCUUUGGCCCUGUGCUGCUGGCCCAGCCCCCCCGCCAGUCUCGGUGCCUGCUCCUUCGCUGCCACCACCGCUGCUUCCGGCUUUGCCUCCGGCCUGCCUGGUGUGGAGAGCUCCGUCUGACGCUGAGGACCAGGGAGGAGAGACCUCUGCUGGCCUGUGAUGGGGGCUGGGGCUGUGACCUGGGCAGGGGCCGGUGUCGGGAGCCACCAUCACUGGCACUGGGGCCCGGUGGCUUGCCCUGUCCGGUUGUGCUCCUCUCAGACGGGGAGAGCUGGAAGGAGCCAUUGCCACCUCCCACCAGGCUGCGGGAUCGGGGGUUGGGGAUGUCAUGGCCUCUUGCUGGCAGAGGUUCGUGGGGGGGACAGUAUCCCCAAGCCCCCCACUCCUCCAGCCUGGAAUGUGAAGUGACCCCCCAACCCCUAUGGCCACGGCACCUUCUGGACUAGGCUGCCCCUGCGUGGGCAGGAGAAAAGGUGCUGGGAGGAGCAUGGGUGUGAAGAGUCCUGUCAGCCAAGAAAGAAAUAAAAGUUUACCUCAGAGCUGCAAA